CAGUUCAGUUUCUCGAUUCCAGCUCAACGGAGCUAACACUAACUUUGUUUUUUUAAUAAAAACACGAUUUUUGUAUUAUAUUUUUCAGUCCAGUAUUUAGCAGUUGAUCUGGUUAACUGUUUCACCCACUCGGUCGCGUUACUAAAUUGUUAUAAAGUGCUCAGAAACUCUCUGUAGUCGGUGAAAAUUCCUAGCGAAGUUGAUCCAAAUUGCUGCACAAAAUGACUCGAUCGCAUGUUAUCUCUUGCUUACGCCGUUCCACUUCCGGGUUAUUCAGGUGCCAAAGGGCACUCGUUUUUGCCAGAGGACCAGGCUUGCAGCAGGUGAGGUGCAAAAGCGAGGAUGGUGGCUGCAAUACCUGCAACCUUCAAGGAGUCGUGGUUGGCCUCUAUGCCAAGGAUGGUGACAAGGGUUUAAAGCUCACCCCGGGUGGCGAGAAGUUCGACGACCGUGUGAGCGGCAAGAUCACUGAACUAAUCAAGGAAUCUGGACUCAAUGGGGAACUCGGAGUGGGUCGACUCUACCAGAAUAUAGACAAGGAAUACUGGGCCGUGGCGGUUGUUGGUCUGGGCAAAGAAGGUGCUGGCUACAAUGCCGAAGAGGUCAUCGACGAGGGCAUGGAGAAUGUAAGGGUUUGUUCUGCCGUCGGGGCCAGGGCCCUCCAGAUGCAGGGAUGCACCACUUGCCAUGUGGAUGGAAUGGAAUACCCUGAGCAGGCUGCAGAAGGAGCUGCCAUGGCCGUGUGGCGUUACAAUGUGAAUAAGCGCAAGAAGAACCGUCUGGCCAUUCCCAAACUUGAGCUCUAUGGAUCCACGGAUCAGGAUGCCUGGACAAGGGGUCUUUUCAAGGCCGAAUCCCAGAACCUGGCCCGUCGUCUGGCAGACACGCCCGCCAACCAAAUGACCCCCUCCAUUUUCGCCCAGGCCACCGUGGAUGCCCUGUGUCCCUGUGGAGUUUCAGUUGAGGUGCGAUCCAUGGAUUGGAUCGAGAGCCAGAACCUCAACUCCUUUCUCAUGGUGGCGAAGGGCUCGUGCGAACCUCCCAUCAUCCUGGAGGUCAGCUAUUGUGGCACUUCGCCGGAGGAGCGGCCCAUCCUGAUGCUCGGCAAGGGACUGACCUUCAACAGUGGUGGAUUGUGUCUGCAUCCGAAGAAGGGAAUGGACGAAUACCGGGGAGCAGUUUCCGGGGCAGCAGUCUGUGUGGCCGCCAUUCGGGCUGCAGCUGCUCUAUCCCUGCCCAUAAAUGUAUCCGCUGUACUGCCCCUGUGUGAGAAUAUGCCCUCGGGAAUGGCCACCAAACCAGGAGAUGUGGUCACCCUGCUCAACGGCAAGACCAUGAGGAUCAAGGACGUUUCCCUGGCCGGAACAGUCUUGCUGGCCGAUCCCCUGCUCUACGCUCAGUCAACAUUCAAACCCAAGUUGGUGGUGGAAGUGGGUUCGAUGGCCAGUGGUAUACGCAAAGGACUGGGUGCCUCGGCCACCGGCUUGUGGACCAAUAACUCCUUCCUCUGGAAGAACUUCCAGAAGGCAGGAGCUCUCACGGGAGAUCGGCUGUGGCGCAUGCCCCUGUGGAAGUACUUCCGCAAUCUAGUUGCCCCUCUGUCAUCUUACGACAUCUGCUCCACGGGAAGAGGACACGCCUCAUCCUGUCUCGCUGCUGCCAUCCUCUUUGAGCUGGUUCCCUGCUCCGACUGGGUCCACCUGGACACCCACGGCACCGGAAUGCUGGCCCAGCACGGAGUGCCUCCGUAUUUGCUCAAGGACUGCAUGACAGGACGUCCAACCCGAUCGAUCAUCCAGUUCCUUUACCAAAUGGCCUGCAAGUGAUGCAUCUUUGUUUAUAACUUGACGAGGGAUCCACGGGAUCCUGAUUUCUGUGAACGUAAAUUCAGUGUCCUUCAUGUGCUGUGUCACUUGUUCUAUAUUAUCCAUUUGACGUCCCUUUUGGGUUAACUGGUAGUCAGUAUGGUGUUAAGCACGUAUUUGAAAGAUGUAUUCUGUGGUGUCAGAAUGGUUGUAAGCUUCAAUAAAAUAAAAUUCAGGUCACUCAAUGAA